AUGGUCUCCGCCGCGAUGCCGGUCGAUGCAGGUCUUCCGUUUGGGACGCCUUCUUCCGUGAACCUCCCGGAGGGCGCCUGGGAUAUGGCCGGACUGGGGGCUUCGGGCUCCGACCACCUGAGGCUCAGGCGGGGCUGGCAGCUGAAGAACGCGCAGGUCGCCCUGCUCCUCGCGGCCGACCGCGUCGCGGCGAAGGAGCGGUCGGAGGCGGACCGGAGGGCGGCACAGCGCCAGCGGUGGCAGCGGGAGGCAGCGGAGCGCAGGGCCAGGCUCGAGCAGGCGAGGGAGGGCGGCCAAGCCUGCGCCGGGCACCACCUGCAGCACCGGGAGUUCCCCUGGUCCAAGGGCGGCCCGGCGGCCUUCGGCUGGCGCAGGCUGUACCACGCCCUGUGCGGCGACGUGGCGGCGGUGCCGCAGGUGGGGGUCCUCUGCGAGUGCGUGAUCAGCCAGGCCCUCAUGCGCAUGUACACCGACCACCGGGUGCUGGGCGGCGUGGUGCUGCCGGGCGUGUCGCACGUGUCCCUCUUUGCGGCGACGGGCGCGAAGCACCUGCCGGGCCCGAUGGGCACCUCGGACUGGCACAUGUCCGUCAAGGAGGUGCUCUUCGAGCGCCCCUUCCUCAUAUACUCGGGGAGGGAGCUCAUCGAGGCGGAGGAGGCAGGCAAGGGGGACGGCCAGGUGGGGGUGCCAGUCACCUAUUGCCGCGCCAGCGGCAUCUCCAAGGAGAUGGGAUCCAUCAAGCCAUCGGUCGACUUCAGCAGCGGCGCCCUGUGA